UUCCAUCGGAACGGAUCUUUUUUUUUUAUAGUGAUUAUUAAAUGUUUUAAUUUUUGUUCGGUGAAAUUGUUUGGUAAAGUGACAAAAUGAAAGGAUCUGCGAGAAGCAGACUCCUGUUGUGUUUGGCCAUCUUUAUUAUUACGGAUAUUUGGCCUUUUGCCGAGGGUUUUGUCAACUCGCCAAAAAUUAUAAGCAAAGAUGGCAAUUUGAUAUUUGAGUCGGGAGCGAAUCGCAAUAUUAGUUUUCGGUUGAGCGGAAAUUCGCGGCUUACCAUCAACGAGGAGUUCGAUGUGAUGGAGCUCCUGAUGGCCACCGGUGGCGGCAAGAAGCGGCCGAAUGGCCCGAAGGAUGAAUGGAACACCGGCGAGGAUUUCGUGGAUGUGCGGGAGCUGGCAGAUCAGAUGGCUGAUUUCAAGAGAAGGGUCUUCGGGGUCAACGGCUUGGAUGCCACGCUGCGACUGCAGACGAACAGAACUCGCGGAUCCUUGGCCCUAAUGCGUCGCUUCCAGACCCGACUGAGGGCAGUGGAGAACAAGGUGGAUCGGAUGAAGACCCAGUUGGAGACGAAUAGCUGUGCCAGUGGACCCUGCGAGAACGGAGGAACCUGCUACAACACCUUCAACGGCUUUCGAUGCCAGUGCCGCGCGGCCUUCGAGGGCACCAAGUGCGAGGUGGACGUCAACGAGUGCGCCCUGUACGAGGGCACCGACCUGGGCUGCCAGAACGGAGGACAGUGCCAGAAUCAGUUCGGAUCCUACAGCUGCCUGUGCCAGCCGGGCUGGCAUGGGAUGCACUGCAGCCAGCGCAAGGCGGACUGCUCGCAGUCGAGUGCCUGGGAGCUGUGUGGCCACGGAUCCUGCAUUCCGAGUGCCGAUAGCGCCGGUUAUCGGUGCCUCUGUGAGCCUGGCUGGAAGUCCAAUGGCGUGACGCCCGUUUGUGGCGAGGAUGUGGACGAGUGCAGCGAUUCGGCGGCCUACAGGCCGUGCUCCACCAAGUGCAUCAAUCUGCCGGGCAGCUUCACCUGCGCCCCCUGUGCCGCCGGCCUCACGGGAAACGGGAUCAGUUGCCGGGAUCUGGACGAGUGCCAGACGAACAACGGCGGCUGCAGCCUCAGUCCGAAGGUGGACUGCAUAAAUACCUAUGGAUCGUAUCACUGCGGCGAGUGUCCGCUGGGUUGGACGGGCGAUGGCCGGAAGUGCGAGCGGAGUGCCGAGGAUUUCGAUAUCCAGACCGGCCAGCGGCCCAGAAGUUGUCCGGCGAGCAACAAUCCCUGCUACCCGACAGCCAGCUGCUUCCUGAUCUCCGGCACCGCCACCUGCAGAUGUCCGGUGGGCAUGGUGGGUUCGGGAUACGGUCCAAGUGGCUGCGUCAAUGGAACGACCACGAAUUGCGCUGGAAAUCCCUGCCUGAACGAUGGCAUUUGCCUGGACGCCGGACCCUCGAACUUCACCUGCCUGUGUCCCAGUGGCUUCAAGCAGCCGAUCUGCGAGCCGAUGGCCAGUCCCUGCGACCUGCAUCCCUGCAAGAACGGCGGACGCUGCCGGCCGACGGUGGGGGCCACUGGCGAUGGCUUCGUCUGCCAGUGCAUGCCGGGCUACCGGGGUCGCCUGUGCGACACGCGAUUCAGCAGCUGCAACGGAAUGCUGGCGGCGCCCAGCGGACGUCUGAAAUAUCCGCCGGAGGGCACUGGAUACGAGCACAAUGCCCAGUGCGCCUGGGUCAUUCGCACCAACGAAUCGCUGGUGGUCAAUGUCACCUUCAAUAGCUUCGAUGUGGAGGACUCGACGGAGUGCCGCUUCGAUUGGCUGCAGAUCAACGAUGGCCGCUCGGCGGCUGCCCAGAUAAUCGGACGCUAUUGUGGCAACCAUCUGCCGCACGGCGGGAAUAUCGUCUCUUCAGGGAAUCAACUGUAUCUUUGGUUCCGAUCCGACAACUCGACGGCCAGGGAGGGCUUCGAUCUCAGCUGGAAUUCAAUGCAGCCGCAGUGCGGCGGUCGGCUGGAAUUUGAGACCCAUGGAACCCUCGCCUCGCCGGGAUCACCGGGCAAUUAUCCAAAGAACCGCGACUGCCGCUGGCAACUGGUGGCCCCGACCAACAAGCGCAUCAAGCUCACCUUCUUCUCUCUCCAGCUGGAGCAGCACGACAGCUGCAAUUUCGAUUAUGUGAAGAUCAAGGACACCAUUUCCGGCCGCGAACUGGCCCAGUACUGCACCAGCGGAGCUCCGGCACCGCUGCUCCUGGCCACCCACCUGGCCGAGAUCCACUUCCACUCGGACGCCGAUGGCGGCGACACGGGCUUCCAGCUGCACUAUUCGGUCGAGGAGCGGGUGCCCGGCUGCGGUGGCGUCUACACCGCCAAGCAGGGCACCAUUUCCGAAUCCUCCACAGCCAAUUCGGAACCCGGUGGAGUUUCCUGCGAAUACGAAAUCCAUUUGGCCGUGGGCGAGCAGAUAGCCAUUCAGUUUGUGCGCCUGCAGCUGGAGCCGCAGGACUGCCUCGAAGUGCUGGACGUGACGGACGAGGGCGCCAGUAGUUUGCAGGAGAAGAUCUGCGGUUCGGACGCGGCCCGCUUGAAUCCGCCCGCCUUCACAUCGCAGUUCAAUCGCCUCAAAAUCAAGUUCUAUGCCCGCUCGGGUGCCUUCCAGCUGAACUAUCGGAUGGCCUGUGACCUCAAACUGGACAGUGCCGAGGGCACACUCACCUCACCGGGCUAUCCAAACCUGUCCAGGAGCGACCGGCUGUGCACCUAUACGAUUCGAACGGCCUCCAAUACGGUUAUCAACUUGAAGAGGAUUGAUUUUCAACUGAACGACGGCGAGAGUCUAGACGAUGAUCCUGGCUGUCCAACCACCAAUUUGAGGAUCAACGAUGGCCUGAACCGCCAGAUCCUUGGACCCUUCUGUGGCAAGAACCAGCCGGCGGAGAUCUUUGUCAGCCAGACCAACUUCCUGCAGUUCCACCUGACCACGGAUGCGGACAGUUCGGGUCGUGGCUUCAAGUUCGAGUACCAGUCGGUGUCGGCGGGAAGCGACAAGUGUGGUGGAGUCCACACUCUUUCCGGUGAGCACAUCCGCCUGCCGGAAUCCUCGGCGGGUCACUAUGCCGAUGAUGCGAACUGCUACUGGGUGAUAAUGGCGCCGGCCAACAAGGCCAUCCGGCUGCACUGGCUGAGCUUCGAUCUGGAGGAAUCGUUGGACUGCAGCUUUGACUUUGUGGAGAUCUACGAUAGCCUUUCCGCCCAGCAGAACGAUGAGAAGGCCAAGCCGCUGGCUAAGCUAUGUGGCUCCCAUUUGCCCGAGGAUCUGGUCAGUCACUCGCGUCAGUUGGUCAUCAAAUUCGUCUCGGACUACAGCGAAUCGGACGGCGGCUUCGAAUUGAGCUACUCGUUCGAGGAACGCGGCAAUUGCGGUGGUCACAUUCAUGCAUCCAGUGGUGAGCUCACCUCACCGGAUUAUCCCGCCAAUUAUUCCAGCGGUUUGGAUUGCGAUUGGCAUUUGACGGGGACAUUGGGUCAUCUGCUCGAGAUUCAGCUGGAGAACUUUGCCCUCGAGGAGUCGUCGAACUGCUCGGCGGAUUAUUUGGAGAUAAGGAACGGCGGUGCCGACACAUCGCCGCUGAUAGGAAGGUUUUGUGGAGGGAAUAUACCGGCGAGGAUACCCAGUUUUAGCCACGAGAUGCGACUGCAUCUGCACACGGAUUCGGCAAUUAAUGGUCGAGGCUUCCGCCUACGUUGGCGCGUCGCCGCCUUUGGAUGCGGCGGGAAUCUGCGCUCCAAUAUGGGAGCCAUCUCCUCGCCCCGCUACCCCAACUCGUAUCCCCACCUGUCGCACUGCGAGUGGCGGAUUAGUGUGCAUCCCGGCUCCGCAGUCUCCCUGCUCGUCGAUGACAUGGAUGUGGAGGGCUUGAGUAGCUGCUACUACGACAGCGUGAAGAUCUACGCGGGCAUCAAGCAACCCAAUCAGACGCCCGACAAGGUGAUGUGCGGAUCGGAUCAGAAGAAUCAAUUGAUUCAGCUGGAGACGAGUGAGGCGACGGUGGCCUUCGAUACGGAUUCCUCAAAUGCUGGAAGAGGUUUUCGUAUAUCCUUCAAGGCGAAUUGCGUUAGAAAUCUGACGGCCACCACGGGAACCAUCGAGAGUCUGAACUACAUGGAGCCCUUCUGGGAGACGAUACCGAUCAAUUGCAGCUGGACCAUUCGGGCGCCCAAAGGCAAUCGCAUUCGCCUGGAAGUCUCCCAUUUGGAGCGACACGAGGCGGAGCAGCAUAUGCCGAGUACCCAGAUGCCCGGUGGUCUGUAUAUCAUGGAUGGGAAAAAUAUAGAGAGCAUUAUUGCCCCAGGAGCACUGAAUGCCAGUGGCGAAGUGCUGACCGUCGUCCACAAUGCCAGCUUUGUGAACUUCCAGCUGGACUACCGCAUCGAUGGCUGCCUCCAGGAGCUGCGCGGCGAAAGUGGAUCCUUCGAUUCGCCAAAUAGACCGCACAUGUAUCCCAACGACCUGGAGUGCUACUGGCUCAUCACCGUCCAGCGCGACAGCAUCAUCGAGCUGACCAUCUUCAAUAUGGAUCUCGAGGAGAGCGUCAAUUGCACCAAGGAUGCGCUGACGGUGUCCAACCACAAGUACUCUGUGGCGGACCACGAACGCCACUGUGGAUCCACGGACAAGCUGGUCAUCACCAGUGCCGGGCACAGGUUGCAUGUGCGAUUCCAAUCGGAUGGUUCGCACAAUGGACUGGGAUUCUCUGCCACCUAUAAAACUGUGAAAGCAACUUGCGGUGGCAAAAUCUCGGCCCGCAACGGAGUGAUCGAGUCUCCCAACUACCCGCAAUCAUAUCCCGUCAGCAGUCACUGCGAAUGGCAGGUGGAGGUGUCGCCGCACCACCAGAUCGUCUUCGAAAUGCAGAACCUUGAUCUCGAGUCGGGCUACGAUUGCAACUGGGACUAUUUGGAAGGCUACGAUCUGGCCGAGGACGACACCGAGGGUCAGCAGCUGUUCAAGGUCUGCGGCGAUGAGGAGCAAGAUACCGCCAUUCGAAAGUCCGCCACCAAUUUGGCGGUGGUGCGAUUCAUCAGCGAUGACUCCGUCUCGAGGAAGGGCUUCCGGCUGCACUUCCACGAGUCGUGUGGCCAAACGGUGACCAUCGACGAUACCGACUUCGAAUACGUGGAGAUGUCGCGUCAGGCGCCGCGGAACGAGACCUGUCUGUUUGUCUUCCAGUCGCAGGAGCCCAACAAGCACAUCAUCUUCACGCCCACCCAUGUGAAGUUGCGCGAGGAGGCCGAGAGCCGAUAUCCCACCGAGGGCGACUGCCUCCAAAUGGGCGUGAAGAUCUACGAGGGCACGGAGGCCAAGGGAACGCCGCGCCUCCAGUUCUGCCGCUCGCAUCCGCCGGCGUUGAUCUCCAACGGCCAGGCGCUGGCCAUCAGUGUGCCCCUGCUGCUGGUCGAGGAGUUCGCCGGCCACUACAUGACCAUGGACACGGCCUGCGGCAGCCUGUACAACGCUCUGUCCGGCCGGUUCACUUCGCCCUACUAUCCCGCCUCCUAUCCACCGAACAUCGAGUGCACCUGGCUGCUGGAAGCCUCCGCGGGCAAUUCCAUCAGCCUGGCGCUGCUAUCGAUGGACCUAGAGAAGUCGGAUGGCUGCAAUCGGGAUUAUCUGGAGGUGCGCGAGGAGACGGAGAACGGUAAACUGAUCGGAGUCUAUUGCGGCAACGAGGUGCCCGGGGUGAUUCACUCGAGCGGUUCGAUCUGGAUGAAGUUCAAGAGCGACGAUGACAAUGUGGGCGAGGGAUUCAUGGCCUCUUAUAACUAUGAACACCACAACGAGCUGAAUGGCACUGACGGCGCCAUCGAGUCGCCGCACUAUCCGAGCAAAUUCCAGGACACCGAUCCGUACAGCUGGCGCAUAACGGUGGAAAAGGAGUAUGUGGUGGCGAUAUCGGUGGACCAUUUGAGGGAUGUCGACCAGCCACAUUUGCGUUUCUACGAUGGCUAUUCGGACAUUGGAGCCCGCAUCGAGAUGAUGGGUCUAGAAGAGCCGAUCCUUUCCAGCACCAAUGUGGUCUAUUUGACGGCCAGCCGGGGUCCCUUCCGUUUGACCUGGGAGCGUCUCUCCAAGGAGGCUCUUCGCUCGAAUCGCACGGCCGAGGAGCAGACGCGCCUGUGCGGCGGCCGUCAGUUAAUCACCAUCGAUCGUUCGGCCAUUGGAUUCCAUUCGCCGGGCUAUCCGAAUGGCUACGACAAUGGGUUGAAGUGCUCGUGGACUUUGGUGCCCUCGGAUCCGGCUGUGCAUGCCAUCUUCACGCUGAGUCACCUGGAUUUGGAGGUCUUUGGCGGGCCCAACGAUUGCAUAGCGGACUAUGUGAGGAUUUCGAGUGGAGGUGAUCUGCAGAACUGGUCGGAAUUGGCUAGAUUGUGCACGCUGCCCACUGCUCCUAAUGAGAGAAUCUUCCAUGGGAAACCCUAUCUUCGAGUGGAGUUCACUACGGAUCCUAGUGUCAAUAGAACGGGCUUUAAUGGGCUUGUACGAACGGGCUGUGGUUCCGAGAUUACGGCCACCCAAGGUCAGGUGAACAUCACCGAGGUUUUGAGACUGAAUCCCCGCGUGAAUCAGGAUUGUGUGUGGACUAUAAAGGUGCGUCAGGGUCGCAGGAUCAAGAUCGAUUUCCCCGACUUUCAGUUACAAAACAGUGCCGCAAAUGAUUGUCGCAAUUUCCUAAUGCUACGCAAUGGCAACGAUGAGGAUUCACCCUUUUUGGGCCGUGGAAAAUACUGUGAGGAUGUGGCGAAUGAGAUCCUAAACACCACCUCCAAUCGGGCGUAUGUCAAGUUCCACUAUGCGAGUCCUCCCCGCUUCCUGAUGACCUUCCGCUUCGAGGAACUAGGCCACGCCUGCUCGGGUCGCAUUCAAUUGACCAGCAGCUCCGAUGAGAAGAUCAUCAGUACACCGUAUUAUCCACAUCUGCCGCAUCCCCAUUCCGAAUGCAUUUGGAUUGUACAGGCGCCGCCGGAACAUCGGAUAGUGCUGCAUUUUCAGGGCGGAUUCGAUCUGGUCGAAGCGGAUGGGGAGACGAGGGAGUGCCAAAGGGAGUACGUCCUGGUCAACGAUGGCAGCACGGAGCUGAAGCACGAGAUCGGUCGCUAUUGUGGCAAUCGCAAACCGGAUUCGAUUUACUCCACUGGCAAUCAGCUGAGGAUUCGCUACUACACAGAUGUCUCGGAGCCGCACAUGGGUUUCAAUGCCAGCCUGAAGUUGGCCCGUUGCGGUGGCUCUUUCCAUGGCAGCGAGGGCGUCAUAGCCUCACCACCGCGCGAUCUCCUCCAGAUUCACCAUGGCCAGGAGGAAGGCAAGCAGCUGGAGGAGUGUGUGUACACCAUUGAGCUGGAAAAGGGCAGCACCAUCGAGCUGGAAACGGAAUUUAUGCAGAUCCCACGGCUGGCGAAUGGCAGCUGCUCGCAGCGGAAUCAUCUGCGGCUGGAGGAGAUGGAUGCCUUCGCAGGAUCGGAUGGUGAAGAGCAGGAGGAGAAGGUCGUGGAUGAUCUGACCGUGUGCGGCAACGAGAAACAUCGCCUGUUGAGCGAGACCAACAAGAUUGUGUUCCGCUAUCGGUUUAUGGAUGGAAUUCCCGCCGAGAAUCAGGGCUUCCGGUUUACUUAUAAAUCCCUGGGCUCCCGCUGCGGUGAGACCAUCAACGCCAAUGUGGGAGUCCUCCAGACGCCUGGCUAUCCCAUGGGUGUCGACCAUCCGAUGCACUGCGUCUGGCACGUGGAGGUGGCCAAGGGACGGCGAGUUCGCCUCGAGAUCCUCGACUUUAAUAUGGGCAAUCGGAAUGUGAGCGAAGGUUGGAGAACCCCAAUGGCCUAUGGCUUUGGUCACUUCCGUGGACGUCUCACCGUGGCCAAUGACUUCAAAAUGCAGUCGAUCCUGGGCAGAUACACCGCCGAUCCGCCUGCCGAGGUGAUGUCCUCGGACAAUACCAUGGGCAUCGAUGCCUUCCUGCUGCCCACCGGCCAGACGCGCGGCAUUAAGCUGCGAUUCAGUGCCUCGGGAUUCAGCAGAUGCCAGCAGUUCGGCAUCCAAAGGGAUGUCACCACGGAGAUUGUGUUUCAGCCGGUUAAUGUCAGCAUUCCGAUUCACUGCAGCUACAAAAUUGAGCCGCUGGUUAAUAGCACCAUCAUGAUUCAGGUGAAGCAGUACAACUCGAGCUCUGUGAUGAUGCGUAACACGCAUCUCUGCUCCCUCCUCUCGCCGCUUAGGAUCAACCGCGUCGACCAGGUGGAGCACCUAAUGCAGCGCAUCCUCUGCAAUUACCAGGCACCCACACCGGGCAAACCCCUCCCCUCCAUCCGAGUGCCCUUCCCCAUCCAACUGGUUGUCUCGUCCAACAACCGCAACUCGUUGUCCAGCCUCGUCCUGUCCUACAACAUGCAGUCCUGCGGCGGCGUCUAUAUCCUGGAGCCGGGCGACAAUAUGACGCUGAGCCAGCCAACGGGAAUGGCGGAGAUACAGGGACCCAUCGACUGUGCCUGGGCCAUUGGAUCCUAUGCGGAUGCCGUCAACGACGACGAGGUGGUUCCGCAGGACAUCCAGCUGGAGGUGACGGUGCGCGGUGUCAACCUGCCGACGCCUCCGCUGGCUCCGGGAUCCACGGAAGAGGCCUGCCAGCAUCACUAUCUUAAAGUGUACAAUGGACCCGACCAGAACUCACCCUCGCUGGGAUUAUUCUGCAACCAGCCGGCGGCUGUGAAUGUGGUGGUGGAGCGUGGCCUGUUCUUUGAAUACCACUCGGAUAGCUUCGCACCCAAUGCGACAUUCAAUGUGUCCGUUAAAUACGGUUCGGGAUGCGGCGGCAAGCUGACCUAUCCGUAUCGAGCCAUCGAUUUCAGUGAGCAGUACAAGAAUAAUGUCGAGUGCAUUUGGGAGGUGGAGGCUGCCUCGGGCUAUCACAUCGGUCUCACCUUCCAAGGGCGUUUCUAUAUCGAGGAUAGCGCCGGCUGUGCCAAGGACUAUCUGCUCGUCCAGCAGCGCAACGAAUCCUCGGGCAAUUGGACGGAUCUCCAGAGGAUCUGCGGUCGUGUGGCCCCCGAAAUGAUCAACACCACAUCGCCGUAUCUGCGGCUAAUCUUUCGCUCCGACGGCGAUGUCGUGGGCGAUGGUUUCCUGGCCAAAUUCGAGCGGAAUUGCGGUGGCCUUCUCUACGCCGACGAUGAGGAAAGGAAUCUCAGCAGUCCGGGCUUUCCAGUUAGCUACGAGAAGGAUCUGCAAUGCAACUGGACGAUCGUGCCGAGGGAUCCGCUAUCCGGUGGCGUUCUCGUGAGCUUCCUGCAAUUCGAUCUGGAACAGGCACCCAUAUCCGUUUGCCUCUUUGACAAUGUCACCGUGGUUACCAAGGACAAGGAUCGGGACCCGGAGCAGGUGAUCAUCUGUGGCGUGAAGCACAAUCACGAGUACAGGGCCAAGGAGUCCAUAAGUUUGAUUUUCAAAACGGAUAGCAGCUAUUCGGGCCGAGGAUUCCAGGUGCGUUACUCGAGUCGCCUUUGCGGUGGAGUAAUCAGCCGAACGGGAGUGGUUCAAUCACCCAGGCAGCACACGGAUAACAACCUCCCGCCGGGCAGCGAUUGCUAUUGGAAUCUCACGGCACCGGUGGGCUACAAGUUCAUUGUAAAGUUCGAACUCCUUGACUUUGAACCGCACACGAAUUGUGCUUAUGAUGGGGUGGAAAUCUUUGCGGGUUCCAUUCCCGAUGAACGACAGCGAAGGGGACGCUUCUGCGGGCGGAUGAACGAAGAGCUCCCGGUGAUUAGCAUUCCGCAGGAGCGGGGCAUCAUACACAGCUACUCGGAUGAGCGGGAUCCGUCGCGGGGAUUCCGUGCCUUCGUUCGCAUCAUGCAGAAUUGCGAUGAGAAGAUCUCGCUAAAUGGAUCCACGCGUUAUGUGUACAGCAAGUUCUACAAUCCCGAGGGCUAUGACUUCGGUCUCGACUGCCAUGUCGUUUUCCGGGUGAACACGGAUCAGCAGAUCAGCGUGCAGUUCAGUCACUUCCACGUUCAGCAGUCGGAUGACUGUUCCAAGGAUUAUGUGGAGUUGCGCGAUGGCGCCGGUCCCUUUGCCGAUAUCAUUGGACGCUUCUGUGGCCAGGAUCAGCCGCCCACGCUGAGCACCUCGCGGCACACGCUCUUCCUGCGCUUCGUCACCGAUACGAGGGUCACCGAUUCCGGUUUCGAGGUCACCAUCAACGCCGUGCCCCGUCUGUGCGGCAGUUCGGAGAUCGCGUUGAGUUCGGAGCGGCAGGAGGUGACCAUUGACUCGCCGGCCAGGACGCCGGGCGGUAACUACGCCAACGGGGUGGCCUGCUUCUGGCGGAUCAAGGGCGAUACGCCGCUGCGGAUGAACUUUGUCAGCUUCGAUCUACAUGGUCCCGAUGCCAAUGGCAGCUGUGUGGAGGACUACCUGAAGGUCUACAACAGUGAGGAUGCCGAACAGGUGGAGCAGGGCUUUGGCAGCGAGCUGGUCUUCAAUGGCCAGACCUCCGGACACAAUCACUUUGACUUUGCCACGGAGCACGUCUACUGCGGCAAUGUGAGGCCGGACACCUAUUACGCCAACGCCAACGAGGUGUACCUGCGGUUCCGAUCGAAGGGCUUGGAGCAGCGCUCCGGAUUCCAGGUGCAGGUGGGGCUGAACUCCAAGUCCGAGCGGCACUACGAUGGUCUGCAGGGAAGGGUACAUCUUUCGCAGACCGACGAUUGCGAUAUUACGAUCCGUGCCCCGGUCAAUCACACGCUGAGUUUGUACUACACGGAACUGAUUUUCGGCACCUACGACUGCCAGACGGAAUAUAUGGAGGUCUUCGACAGGCAAAAUAAAUCGCUGCAACGCUUCUGCUCCUUUGUGGACGUCGGCAAGAGCCUGUUCAGCUAUUCGGAUGAACUGCGACUGCACAUGAAGACCGGGUCGUUUUUGACCUCGCUGGAUCUCACCUAUCUGGCCAGUCCCGUGGAGAAGGGGCCCGGAUGCGGCGGUCAGUUCUACAACACCGAGGGCAUCUUCGCCAAUCCCUUUUAUCCGGCCAAUGUGCGGAAUAACUCCGAGUGCCAGUGGAUUGUCCGGGUGCCGAGCAACAAUAAAGUUUUCCUCAAUUUCGAAGUUUUCAAUCUGGGCUCCAAGACCACCUGUCACACCGACUACCUUCAGGUCCUGGAAAAGGACGAGGCUGGCGAGGAAGUAGAAGUGAGGCGCUUCUGUGGCGAGGACAAUCCGAAAUACUACAAGAGCCAGCGCAGCCAAGUGGUCGUCCGCUUCCACAAGACGGUCAACUACGAUGGCGUCGGCUGGGUGAUACGCUUCAAUGGGGUGUACUCCAACUACCAGAUACCCAGAUACUUGCUGGGCGGUUGAAUCCAACCCUUGAUCUUGAAAAUAAUAUGAAAUAAUAAUUUUUAUUGUGAAGAAUAUAAUAUUUUUGCAGGCCUAAAAAGAGUUUAAGGCGUAAUUUUAAAGUAAA